UGCCAGAAAGUUUCAUUUUCGAGUCUGUGACUUGCUUCCCAGCAGCAGGAAGGGCUGAGGCUGUUGGCACCUAUGGCUGAUGGACGCAACAAAAACCCAUUUAAGGCUUUGGAAUCUAUUGGGAAAGAAGUCUUAGCUGGAGCUUUGGAUGUGUUGGUGAAAAAAGAUGUUCUGAAAUUGGAGAAAACUGACAAGGAAAAAUUCAAUGAUGCCAAACCUGGAGACAAGUUACAUGUUUUAAUGAAUGCUGUGGGACAGAAACGCAUUGAAGCAGGUCAAGUCCUUGUCCAAACCUUCAUUAACACAAACAAAAAUGCCAUCACAGAAGUUCCUCCAGAAACGACUGGGCCAGCUGAGUCAGCAGAAACUACAGAUACCCUCAAGCUUUGUCUUCCUAAAGAUUUCGUGAAAGUGUGUAAAGAAAGGACUGGAGAGAUCUAUCCAAUAAAGGAGAGAAACGAACGCACUCGCCUGGCUCUCAUCAUAUGCAAUAUAGAGUUUGAUCAUCUUCAGCCCAGGAAGGGGGCUGAACUUGACAUCACAGGGAUGGAAGAGUUGCUAGUGGGCCUCGGCUAUAGUGUGAUUGUGGAAAAGAACCUCACAGCCAAGGAGAUGGAGUCAGUGCUGGUGACAUUUGCUGCCCGCCCAGAGCAUAGGACCUCAGAUAGUACAUUCCUGGUGUUCAUGUCGCAUGGCCUCCUGGAUAGACUCUGUGGGACUCUGCAUAGCGAUGAAAACCCAGACGUGCUACCUUAUGACACCAUCUUUCGGAUAUUCAACAAUCGCAACUGCCCCAGUCUCAAGGACAAACCUAAGGUCAUCAUUGUCCAGGCCUGCAGAGGUGAAAACCGCGGGGAAUUGUGGGUCAGUGACUCUGCAGCACCCUUGAUGGACAGCUCUUCACAGUCAGAUGAGACCCUGGAGGACGAUGCUGUUUACAAAGCUCACGUGGAGAAGGACUUCAUUGCUUUCUGCUCCUCAACCCCACAUAACGUAUCCUGGAGAGACCCUAGUAGAGGUUCUCUCUUCAUCGCACAGCUAAUCAGAUGCUUCCAACAGUAUUCUUGGCGCUAUCACCUCGAGGAAGUAUUUCGAAAGGUACAACUAUCAUUUGAAAAGCCAGAUGUUAGAGCCCAGAUGCCCACCAUAGAACGAGUAUCCAUGUCAAGACAUUUCUACCUCUUUCCUGGCAAUUGAAAAUAGGAAAUACAGGCAGUCCUGCCCUUCUUUACCAACUUCUAGAAGCACCUCUACCUGUAUGGCACACAUAUUUAACCUUUUGUAUUUAAAUAAAAAUGAAAACA